AUGAACUCCAAAAACGCGUCCAAAUUGGAAAAGCCAGAAAACCAACCGGACCAAUCGAUAAGUUACAAAUUGUCCGUACCGCAACAACCACUCCGUGCUCGGAUGUGCGGAUUUGGAGAAAAGGAUCGAAGACCACUCGAUCCACCGCCCGUAGUUCAACUUUCGAUGACCAAUAAUGAUGGUACAGAAGUCUUAGAAAGCUCGGUGGAUCCAUCAGGAUUUGUGGUGCAUGCGAAUCUCUGGUGUCAUUUGAAAAAGGAAGAAAGAUCUCUAGUUAUCAAUCCCUCUUCUUUACCUAGUUCAACCGGUGCCAGAUCAACAUAUAUCUCGUUAGAUGCACCCACUUCGACACGGAAUCUGAUGGGAUCUACUGUCUCUUCGGCGUAUUUACUAAAAGAUCAUAAUGGGAAACAAGGAAUAUAUUUUAUAUUCCACGAUUUAUCUGUCAGAACAGAAGGAUUAUUUACCCUGCGCUUUUCGUUUACAAAUUUAUCGAAUAUAUUGUUCUGUGCUUGUCCUGGUAGCACAUCAUCAUCAUCGCUAGUUGAUGCGGUUGUUUUUUCAAACCCAUUUCAGGUUUUCAGUGCAAAAAAAUUCCCUGGAAUGACUGAUUCAACAGAACUAUCAACUGCUUUCCAGAAGCAGGGAAUAAAAAUUUCCAUAAGACCGAAGGAUCGCAAAAGAAGGAACAUCAAAAAUUUGUCUGCCGAAUUGAACUCAAAUUCUGAUAGGUCAGAAUUGACUACACCUCCUAAGAUAAUAAUCGAAUCAAAACUAAAUUUCAAAAUGAAUGAGACGAAUAUGAACGGAGCGGAUGAAGAAGGUCCGCAAGAAGAUGGACUUGGUAAAAAAAGGUUGCGCCUAACAACUCAAUAA